AUGGGAAAAGGAAGAGACUUACACUUUUCAGGCAUGGUGCUGUCGAACAACCUAAAGGCGCUCAUAUGGGUGCUUUCAGUGGCCAUGAUUGUCCAUAUCACUUUUCUUCUUGUUACGUUUAUCACUGAUCCUGAUAAGGCAUCAAAGCUCACUGCUUUUUUUUUGAAUGUUACAAUCACCUCCCACAUACUUCUGAUUAUGCUCUUUACUCUUCUUGUUCUGCAGGGCCUCCUUGAAAGAGACAUCUUCCAGGUGUUUUUUUCCACUCUUUUCACCUCGAUUGUUUGCAUUUUGCAGAUAGUUGCCGCCUUUGAUCUGGAGAUCGAGCUGUUUACCGUCCUGUAUGCCGUGAACAAUAUAAUCCCCAUUGCAUGCGGUGUUCUUAUUAUUUAUCUCAUCUGUUUUACGAGCGAGCUGCGUGCUGAGGUGGGGUGGUUCUACUACAAGUCGUACGGUGCCAAAUACAACACAAGACACGCCAUACGAAGAUCUAUGGAGACUUUCUACAAACUGAACUUGCAGAUGUUUCUAUCCUACUGGAUCGUUAAAUACUACACAACAGACGUAAAGUAUCUUCUGGGGAUAGAAACAGCUCUGUAUGCUUGUCUUCUGUUUUUAAUCAACCUGGAGUAUGAGUUUGUAAAUAACUAUUUUAUACGAUUUAUGACAAUAAUUGUGGUCGGUGUUUUGUUUGCGUACUACCUCGCAGGAUCGAUUGACUAUACCCUUGUGGUCGGAAACAGAGUACUAGCAGAGAUGUCCGACCUUGAGAGAGCGUACCAAAGAUUUGAAGUGACGAUAAAGCUGGUUAUAUCUGGGAUAUACUGCAUACUGCUGAUACUGGACACAAUGCACUUUGCCAUGGACAAGAGAAUGGAGAACGGAGGAAUAGGAGCCACCCAGAAAAAAAGAAUUCUUAUCAGUUAG